UGUGACCGGGCACCUGACGUCAUGAAAUCGACUAGCAUGGCGGAGUACAGAAAUCGUGUCACUGGCGGUGGAUUUGUUUACUAUCGACUGUAGUAGUCCCACGGGAGUGUACACACAAACUGGGAGGCAGCUGGAAUAGACGGAUUGUGAGACAGGAUACCUAACUACCAAGAGGGCAUUAUGGGCGAUAUACGCGCGUCAGUUUCAUGCCACUAUAGAUAGAUUGGCCCAGCUUGACAUGGUGGAAACAGAAGAGAGUCGAAUGGCAUUUUCACCGAAGGAAGCACCUGUCUAUGGAGGUGGCACCAUUGUUGUGGCUCUGACAGAAGAUACUAGUUUCCCAGAAGAUGCACAACUAUUUCUGGUUUUCGAGGGUGCCAACCGGCGUCAUGUGACCACAGCCAGCAAAGUCAGUGUCAGUACACUGCACUCCUUCAUUCCAGUGCAUGGUGUUUCUGAAGAUGUCCGCCUGAGUGUGUACCAGGUGCAUGAUGGGAAGACGUGUGUCAUCUGCUUGGACACCUUCCACUUCCACUAUGACUCCGCCUACCACAUGGCCGUGUUUCUCAUAGAUAGUGUCUACAACAUUCAUGCCCUGGAUGACCUGGAACUUAUCAAGUCAGAGCAGUUUGAUUUAGCCAAUGAAAUUGUGUCUACUUUGGAUGAGAGACUUGUGAGUGCCCUGAAAAGCAUAUACCUUCCGAUUGGUUGGAAUAUACUUGGUGAUGAUACAGAUGAUUUGUGUCAGGAUCGCGAGACACUUCUUCAUUUCGCGGCUCGCCUUGGCCUAAGGGCGGUAAGCCUGUUUCUCCUGGAGCAACCAGGGGGAGAGACUGCCACUCAAAUCAAGAAUCGCCACGGUGAAACUCCUGCUGAGAUCGCCACGGAACACGGAUAUCAGGAAGUUGCCGAACUUAUCUCAGGGUACAACACACAUGGCAUGGUGACAGUUGACACACAACGUAUUGAACAGGAACAUGGCAUCAUCCAACAUCACAGCAGCGGGAAUACUUCCCUAACUACAUUCCAAAACUCAUCACAAACCUCUGUUGAGCAAGAUAUUGAUAUGCUACAGGAGAGUGGGGCGGGCAUGAAGAGGGGAGACAACUCUGAGCAGCGUCACUUUGAAUCCGACUGGCCUGUGAAGCGAGAUUCAAUCUCAGAUGGUCCAAUGGUAGCAUGUGAUACUCGCAUGGAGCAGACCAUUGAUCGCAUCUUCCAGGAGCGACAGGCACAUCAUGACAUGAUUGAGAGUAUCGUCGGUGUCCCCAUGUAUGAUGUUAGUGCUGAGGUUGAUGACUGUGACGACUAUGGCAGCACAGAUGAGGGGGUCAGGUCAAGGCCAUCCUCAUUUAUUCGUGAUGGAUCUGAGUCGGACAUACAGGAAGACUUCACACAGGAUCCUCAGUGCAUUAUGGAGGGCACAUUGAACCAGCUUCGGGGCCUGAAUGAUGGCUUACAGAGGUACAGGGAUGCUCGGGUCCUCAGUCUGCGACUAAACCAGGAUGUAAGAAGGGAUACGCUCGCCCGCUUCAGCUCAUCUUGCCCAUCACUUGAUAUUCAAGGUCGUGGGUCACCGCUAUCCCCCAUAGAUGAAGCAGAUCAUCACAAGUCUAUGCUGGACUUGGCACAGGAGGUGGGCCCAUCCAGUCACCUUACGUCCGAGGCAUCACCUUCAGCAUUCUCCAGUCAUCAUUCCGCAUCCACUGACGCUGACGGUCUAGGUGAUCGCAACAUCCGUAUCUGCGUAAACGGAGUCACCGUAGACAGCUCAACAGACAUCCCAGACCCUCUUUACAUGAGGCAGUAUGUGCAGCCCGACUUCACUGUCGUCGAUGAUGUUGAAGGUUCUGGUCCAGGGGGAAUACGUCGUCGUAGUUGGUGUAACGAAGUGGUAACCCAAACCCGAAAUCCAAGGGAGACAACUCGAGCUAGGAUGCUCGCUAUGACAGGAAAAAGCAUGAGCCUGAACAGUCUGGAAGGAGACGAAGAAUCCGAGGAAGAUGACUACCAGGACGCGCGGGACAACGCCGCCAACGCUGGUCAGUCGAUACGAGGUCUGACUGCCGCCCCUGCCGCCGUCCCGGACGCUCAUCAACACAAACCUAAUGGCAGUGUCUACACUGAAGAUAGGAGCCUUUCGCCAGUCAACUCAACCGGGUCCGGUCCAAAUGUGCAAGAAGAAACGAAUACCAGUGACUACCUCACUCGUACCAUGAGUGAGCCGACCACCGCCAACCCCUCUGCUCGGUCUCUCACUGAUCUCCCUUAUGAAACACAACAAGAACAGGGCGGUGGUGUGCGCGACACUAAGUCUCGUCCGUACACAGUUGCUGCAACUCAGGGUGUGUGCUCGUGUGAAGAAGAGUACACCAGCAGCUUAGGAGUGCCACAUUCCAAUAUGACCAAGUCUCUCUCAACUCCCUCAAUCCCCGCUGCUGCCAAACAGGAGAUGAACUCAACUGAUUCCCGAAAGCUGAGUCUCCGUAGAGAUGGGCGUGGCAAGGAUGGCAAACAACCCAGUGGCCAGUCCUAUACUGUAAUACAAAAACUCCUCCAAGAUCAUGAUGCACAGUUUCGGCGCCAAGAUGAAAUCGAGGAAGAAGAUGAAAAUGUUGCUCCUGUUCGUCGGCGUGGAGGAGAGAUAUCGCUUCAGGAUUUUCUCAGCGAAACUCCUGAAAAAGAAAGAUCUGCCAGUUUCGACCUUGAAGACCAGAGAGCCAAACAACGGAAGGAAGAAGAGAGGAAGAAGCGGAAACCCAGUGUCUUCUCUCGCUUCCAGAGCAGCUACCGGACCAAGAAGAGCAAAGACAAGGAAGGCAAGUCUAAGGCCAGCACCCAUCAUCAGUUUGUGAGUGUCUCCAUCAGCAACUCCACCACCUGUGAUGUGUGCCACAAGCCCAUGGCUAAUAAACCUGCUCUACAGUGUGAAAAUUGCCUGAUGUAUGUACACGAGCACAACUGCAAGGAUCAGAUUUCAAUCUGUGACAAGAGCCGACGGGUUCUCCACCGAGAGGCAGCACCCCAGGAACGCCAAGUGGCGCCAUCUUCAGGGUCAAGUCUGCGGCCAUCUCACUCUUUCAAAGUGAGGUCUUCGUCUGCACCGGUCAAGACACAGCAAUCCUUGCAGCCAUCAACCCAUUUUGUCCCACACCGCCACAGCCUGCCUACACCCAGCCUCUUUGGUUCGUCUCCCACCUCCAGCAACGCCUCGUCCUCCGCCACGCAUCAAUGGCCGUUUAAAUCAGUAGAGGAGGCUAUCAAUGAGGGAGAUGAGAUUGAUUCCGUCGGGUCCGGUCCGGAUGUUGGACACUCCAACAUUCAGGACACAAUAUCGGAAUCUAUGGAGUCCCUCGAAGCUACCACUGUGAGAACAGAGGUGUCAAUAUUUGACGACAACCCGGAGCUGAUGUUAGAGAUUGAUGAACCAGAAGCAUGGAGUCUCACUGUAGACAGGAAGACACUGAAGAAGAUGAACACGAAGGAUAUUAAACGCCAGGACACGAUCUGGGAACUGAUACAGACAGAGAAGGAAUACUGCAAGACUCUUACCAUUAUGCAGAAGAUGUUCAGUCAGGGCCUCCUGCAAGACCUCAACAUGCCUGCCGAGCAGGUCGAGCGACUCUUCCCACAGAUGGACGAACUCAUCGAGAUCCACACUACAUUCCUGGCUCAGCUUCUCCGACUCCAGCAAGUGAAACAUGACCGCAGCAUCGACGAUGUUGGACGGACUCUGCUUGACCAGUUUGAUGGUGAAAAUGUCGUACAGAUGAAGGCAGUCUAUGGUGCAUUCUGCAGCAAACACAAAGAGGCAGUGCAACUGUAUAAAGACCUAUGUAAAACUGACCGGAAAGUGCAAAUAUUCUUUAAAUCAUGUAUUAACCACAGUGCUUGUAAGCGCCGAGAUGUGCCAGAUUUUAUCCUGGGCGUCACUAUACGUCUUUCAAAAUACCCAAUCCUUAUUGAAGCAAUAUGUAAGAGUACUAAAGACAAGAAAGAUCGUGACCUGUUAAGCAGAGCCCUUAACUGGAGUAAGGGAGUGUUGACCGAUGUCAAUGAGAGGGUUGCAAACUACGAAAAACUGGUUGAGAUACAGAGUCGAAUAGACUCACGAGCCACAACUGUGUUCAAAGGCAAGAAGUUCAAGCGCCAAGACAUUACUCUGCGAGGUCGCAAGUUGGUGCACACGGGUUUGAUUGGGUGGAAGAGUGCACGAGGUCGGAUCGUGGAUCUCCUGGCUAUCGUCCUCACUGACCUCAUCUUCUUUGUGCAGGAGAGCAACCAGAAAUACACAUUCUUUGUCCAGGAUGGCAAGUCCUGUGUGAUACCACUGUACAAACUGCUAGUGAGAGAGAAGCGAGACACGAGGGAUAGUCACGGCAUCUACCUCAUCUCCCAAUACAGCAAGUCCCCCGAGAUGUACGAGCUCGUCUGCCGCUCGAAGGAUGACAAAGAGGGAUGGAUCAAGGUCAUCCAGAUGGCCAAUGAGAAGUGUCCACGGGAAGUGGAGGAGGAAGUACCAUCGUCAGAAAUGGAGGAAGAAAAACGGAAACUGGAGGAGAGAGCUGCCAAGGCAAAGCUGAUCAUUGAUCAGCUACAUAUCAAGGACUCCGAAAUCAAACACUGCUGUGACGAGAAGAACAAGCUGAUGCUAGAGCUUCUUGACCUGUACAAGGCCAAUGAUGAACCAAACUCGCGUCCGAGCUCAAUGCAUGAGGAUGCGUCUGGCAGUGAGUCCCUGGAAGUGCUGCAAGCUGCUAUGCAUGAAGCUUCUCGAUUGGCAACAAUCCUGCAGGGAAGCGGAACCCACCUGAGUCGAAGUGUAUCAAGCGUUGGAGAGCACGUCAGCAAUUCCUUCGUUGCUAUGCCGGUGCCAAAAAGAGCAGAGACAUUUGCUGGUUUCGAUAGCAGCCAUGAUGUCCCUAAAGGUGGCCUAAAGAAGCGGUUUGCGCCCCAGAUCCAUAACAUGGAGGGUCGCAGCCCUAGCCUGCUGAGUCUCGACAAGCUAGAAGGUGACAGUGGCACGUCAUCAAUGCCGGAGUCCACUCCAGUGGACCCAACGGUCAGUGAUGUCCAUCGCCAAGACUCAAUCAAGCCUGCAUCCCCUCUCCAGCGCUCCAUUCCUCAUGUUUGGGAGGAGCAGGACUCGAGGGGGUCCGAUCGAUCCAGUGACAAGGGAUCACUUGGAGAGCUGUCAGCAUCCUCCAUAUCAUCCUUGCCACCAUCCCAGGGCAACCAGGAACAACUCCUCUCUAUAUCCCAGCUCGUCAAGUAUCUCCACAACCUUAUGAAUCUGACAGCCCAGCAGGGCACUGCAGUAGAGAGUCUUCGGGCCCAGCUAGCUGAGGCCAAUGAGAAGAUCAACAAGCUGUCUGCGGACAUGUCAGACAGGAAGACAGGAUACCGCCACAACCAGCUGGAGGAGCUUCGCAACCUGCAAGAGAACAUCAGCCGCGAGAAGGCCGAGUGGGAGAAGGAGAAGAGCCGUGAGGAGAGGUUCCUGGAUCAGAGGAGAGAACAACUGGAGGAUGAGAGGAGGAGGUUGGAGAAGAGAGAGGCUGACAUUCGUGCUAAGAAGGAUGAACUCCAACGUCAACGUGAGACUUUGCAGCGGCAAAUUGACCUGAUGAAAGAACAGAACAUCAAUGUCCCAUCCCCGUUCUUCUCCACUCCGACUGAGGGGGUUUCCAGCCCAUCAAGUGAGCGUGAAACUAGCCCCCAACAGGUUUCAGCAGCUGAUAAACAACGAGAACUUGCCCACCGCAGGUCGGCAUCGGCUGAGUUCUUCAACCCUCCACAAGAUUUUGAUCUAGUUCCUCAUCAACGGGAGUCCAGCCAACCAGUUGACCUCUCAAGCAGCAUCUCCAGCAAUAACCGACAGCCACGGCUGUCUGUCGGCAACCUGCACAACGUCAACGCACCUGCAGCAUCCAAACAAAACCUACCAAUGCAUCUUCUAAGUGCUAAGAAUGAACAAAAGACGCAAGGAGUGAAAGUCCAGCAGUUGCCCUUGAAGCUCUCGGCGAGUGGAAGUCAGAUCGGAUCAUCAAUACCUCCUCCCAGCAAUCAGCAACAACAUCAGCAACAUCACCAGCAACAUCACCAGCAACAACAUCAACAACAACAACAUCAACAACAACAUCAGCAGCAGCAACAGCAGCCUCACAGAGUAUCCAGCACAGGUUCACUCAGCUCUGUUGCAUCUAAUGCUGCACAAAGUCCCAACAAUAUGUCUGGAACCCCGGCCCAGUCGCGAUCAGGAUCAAGUCUCCGGCGCUCGUCGCCGACCCGCACUGCCCCAGGACUCUCCAACCUGAUGAAACUGGCAGAGCCCAAUUCAGGAGGCAAACGUCGAAGCCCUUCUCAGGCAGCUCCCGGUCAACAACAGUCACCCCCAAACUCACAGAGGAACCCCUCCGGACCACAGAAACCAAGCAAGCCUGGUGAUGUCUACUACUUCUAAUUCUCAGGACUCUUUUGCCCUGUGAUGUGAAGUAACGCCUCUGUGAUGGUAUAGACAGAGGCAGGCAAGACCAGCAGAUCCAGGCUAAAGAGGAGGCUGUGAGCUAGCAUCACUUACUGCAACACGCACAAAUUGCUGUGUACGUUCGUGUAGGGAGGGUCUGUCACGACCAAUGUUUGUUGUGUAGUUUUCGUUUACCGUAUAUUUAUAUUACCAUGGAUAUCUAUAAAGGAAGAGGAAGAGCCUCCUGAGAUGGGAUCUGUGGAUCUGUGGGCGUAACAGCACGCGGACAUGUCAAACCUUGCUGGACUGAAGAUGGGUGGAGGGUUGCACCGAUCAGGCUGCAGAGAGCUGUCCCGGUAUUGAUGUCACUCCACCUGUACGGUUCAAGGGUGUCGAGGUCGGCAAAUGUGGAAGCUGUGAAAUGGUGUUGAUGUGACAGUGGAUGUAGCUGUAAAACUGGCAGCAAUGAUUCUGUGCAUGAAGGAUGAACCUUGAUUUGACUUAAGGAGAUACCACGUGAUGGUAUCUCACCUACUUGACUUACCUCCCUUUGAUAGGGACUUGAUGAUGUCCGACACCUUGUGUCACACGUGGUGACCUGGGUCGGUAUCUUACUUGGUGCCUAUAUAGGCGUCAACCAUGACAUUGUGGGCACUUGUUGCCUUGGACUACGCUACCGGAUUUGACCAGGAUCUCAGUCUGAAUCCAAGAGGAGGAUCAGACUCAGGAUUCUGAGCUGCCCAUCCGUGCCCGCUGCUAAAUGUUCAGGUGAAUGGAGGAUGGGUGGGCAGAGCACGGACGUGUAACAGCUGGCGUCAGCCAUGUCAGUUACUGUACAGUCACCGAAAAUGUGCUAGGGAAUUUUAUACACCAUAUUUUAUUAUUGUGUAAUCAAAACAAACCUAUUUUAGUUUAAAACAUAUGCUUAUGUCUCGUAGAAUUUCUAUUAUUAUUCACAAUGAUAUUGCCUUUAAAUAUUACGAGGCAUAUGUACAGGAUUAAUUGUAGCUUAAUGAACAAACAAGCCCGAUAAAUGGAUGGAUGACUGAAAGAAGAGAUCUUGGAAGAUACGGAGUCACAUUUAUAAUUAUGUUACUAAUAUCAGCAGAGGAUGAGAGUCAUUGUACAAAACCAAUGCAUUUGUUUGAUGAACAAGUUUGCUAUAACAAGCAGUGCAAUAUACUCAUGGCUUACCUGUGGUUUACCUAUGGUUUUCAGUGGUUUACCUGUGGUUUACCUGAUUUACCAUCUCUAGUCACGCUGACAGAGAGAUAAUCUUGUUAGGUUACAUUUUUCGAUGAAGGAAUCAUGAUUGUGUUUCUGGAUGUGCCUUGAAAUGAUAAGGACAUUUUCAAAUUUUUAUGAAUGUGACUGCCAUGGGAGUUUGUUGCAAGGGCAUUUCUGUGUGGGCAUCUGAAGGAGGACAACUAAUGAUAUUACUUGUUAUGUGCAAACUCUACAGAUAUGUAUUCUCAGUUGUUUGGAUUUUUAUUAAUGCAUGUUAAAAGUAUUUAACCUAGGAUUUUUAGAUUUUCUUUGAGACUGAGGUGACGUGAACACUACACUAUAGGAUUUAAAAGGAAUAUUGACACAUAUCACAGUGGAUAUGCAAAUAUGUAUGGAAUGUCUAAUUCCCGUCAUAAUGAGGCAAGAAUUAUUUUUUCAUGAUUGGAAUAUAAAUACCUUUAGCACUUGAUCAAAUAGCAGAGAACAUAUCAUUCUAUUGCUCUGACAGUUUUCUAGUGUUAGUAACGAACAUGUGUGUUUUGUUUUAUUGGACUACUUACAAUUUGAACCUAAACAAGUGUGUUUAGUGUAUUCACCUUGUAAACACGCACUUCUCGGCUUGGACACAACCCACUACUAUGAGACACAUAUGCAUUUUGAUGAUGGACACAUUAUCAAAUCUCAUUGAAGGUAUUCAAAUCAUUUUCCCAAUCUUGACUUUUCGCAAAUGGCUCUUUGAGAGAGACUUUUAUAGCAACUAUCAAGUGAAUUCCUUCAUUUUAACAUUCCUUGUUUUUUCUCUCGAUGAAAAUGAAUCUUUAUUUUUUGACGAAUGCAAAUUAUUAGGUUUUUGGCCUCAAGCGCAAGCAAGCCGUGUUUUUGUGUUGAUCGAAUUGUGAUCGGCGACUUUUCUCAUGUAGUUGUCUUCCCAUAUUCACUAUGCCCUCCACUACAGCCACAUGGUAGCCAAAACUGUGAUGCAUUGUGUGCUGCUACCUUGUAUAUCCUGUCUCCAACCCACAGCUUCUGCUUCAGUAUAGCCCAGUCCUCGCUAGUUGCUUCCUGCUAUGUAUUCUUCACUUGAUGAUACAAAGCAUGGAAUAACUGCUUCAGUCUGCUUGUACAGCAUGUAAAGCCUGGUCCAAGGUACUUCCUGUUCUGUAUUCCCCACAUGGUGAUACAAAACAUGAAAUAACUAGACUUCUUGCAUCAAUUUAAAUUGAAAUUUAAUGACAAACACUUGUCAAAUGUGAAAGCUUAGAUCAAAUUUUGGACUUAAAUCUAAAAUGUAUGACUUACAUAUCAACAGACAUACCUUUUAGAUUAAAGUCUUUAUAGUACAAAUGAUCAACCAGUCUGCCAAUUUUGAGGAUGUAACUACUGGCACUAUUGUGUAGAACUGGUCUAUGAUGCAUCAGAGUGGUGCCAUAUUUUGAAACCAUGAACUGCGCCUAUGUACCAGCACUGUAUUAUACACAGUAAAUGCACAUAUGUUUUAGUCUAAUGCUGUUUAGCCUUGUACAACAGCUACCUUUGUUAUGUGUAAAGGUGUUGCACAAGGAAGCAUUUUACCUCCUUGUCUUUUAAUGGUGCCUUCUAUUGUUAGACCCAGUUUCUGUUAUUCAAUACCCUUCCACUCGUUAUCAUGUUACUAUUGAACAGAUACUUUUAAAAUGUUACUGACAUUUUAUUAAGCCUGUAGCAUCCAUGUUAGUUGUUUCAUCAAUAGAUGCAUUUACCUUGCAUUAUGUGCACUAUGGGCGCUGGUUUUUAAGUUAUUGUUUUGAAGCAUGCUUAUGUUGCUUUCUCAAAUUGUAUAGCUGAUUAAGCAUUUUGUGAUAACACCAGUGUAGCUACACCCAACACUUUGUCUUUUUAAAAUAUAUUUUUUAAGAAAAAAAUACAUUUGUGGGUCAGAUUUCUAAGAGCAAUUGUUGUAUAAUUGCAUAUUACAUUGUAAUUUUUGUAAUUUAAUUGACAAAAAAUACAAAAAAAAUAUUGUAACUUAUCAUGUAGUUAAUUGGGAUGGAAACUUAUAUGAAAUGAUUGUUUUCGACAUUGUUACAAAAUGGAAAAAUUCCAUGCAAAAAUAAUUACUAUCAUCCAUUUGUAAUAAAAUGAUCAAAUGGCA